AUGACUACUACAUCCAAGGAUGCGGAACCACAGGUUUCCAGCGUCGACGACAAUGGCGAACGUCCAGUUGUGCCAGAAGUAAAGUGGUACAGAUCGACCUUUUACAACAUCACCAUUCUUGGUCUCUGCAAUUUCGCCGCCCCCGGAAUUUGGACGGCCAUGAAUUCUUUGGGCGCCGGAGGCACUGCGAGUCCGACACUGACCAAUACGGCCAAUGCCCUGACUUUCUGUCUCAUGGUCCUUUCGUGCUUCUUCUCGAGCGCGCUUGUCCAUUAUAUUGGUAUCAAAGGAGCUCUGAUUUUCGGAACUAUUGGAUAUGCGCCGUAUGCAGCGGGUCUAUACACGAACAGCAGAUACGGCCUCGAAUGGCUCGAGCUUUUUGGAGCAGCACUUUGCGGAAUCUCGGCUGGUGUCUUCUGGAUGGCUGAAGCAGCACUCUGCAUCGCUUAUCCCGAGCCUUGGAAUAAGGGAAAAGCCUUGGGUUAUUGGCUUACGUACAGGCUUUCAGGCCAGAUCAUCGGCGGUGCCGUCAACAUCGGCCUCAACUCAAACAGGAACGAGGCAGGCUCGGUCUCAUACAACGUCUACAUUCUCUUCAUCGCCCUGCAGGCAGCUGGGCCCUUCGUGGCACUCCUGCUGAACCGGCCGAGCAAGGUCCAACGGAAGGACGGAAAGAAAGUCGUCCUGGAGAUUCUUCAACAUCCCUGGUACGAGAUGAAGAAGACUGCAAGACUGUUUUGCACCAAGAAAUUCCUCCUCAUCAUACCCCUGAUUGGGCAGGCAGUCUUCGCAGAAGCCGUAUUCUUCACUUAUCUGUCCCUCUGGUUUAGUGUAAGAGCUCGUGCCCUGGGCUCUUUCCUGGGUGGAAUAGCAGCAGUGACGGGAGGAAAUAUCCUUGGAUACUGGCUGGAUAGAGUCAAUGUGCCCCUGAAGCGGCGAGCACGUCUCACUUUUGCAGUCAUCCUCACUCUACAGGGCGCAUUCUGGCUUUGGGCCACGAUCAUCGUCACGAUCUUCAAGAGGACCCAACCGACCUACGAUUGGUCGGAUGCAGGUUUCGGCAAGGGCUUUGCUGUUUUUGUCUUCCUCUCACUAGGAUUUCAGUUGAACUAUCUCUACCUUUACUUUGUGAUUCAGAAUCUCGCCGGCCACGACGAGGCCCUGGUGAUCCGCUAUGCGGCAUUGCUGCGUGGUACAGAAAGUGCUUGGCAGGCCCUGAGUUAUGGUCUGGAGGCCCUCACGGUCUUCAGCGAGACGGGAGGCGUGUACAUGAACUUCGGCUUGUGGGCUAUUGCUAUUGCUCCAGCGUGGCUCGUGAUCCGACACUUUGGAGUCGAUGAGGCAUCGACGAGCACUGCGUUGCCCCCCGCUGAGCCUGUAUCGGAAGACUCGGAGAAGAGCAACUGA